AUGAUGCCACGAGGUCGUUGUUUAGAAUCAAAUGGUGAUGUAAUGUGGAAUCUUCAAACAAUCACUUGCAUUGUACUCAAUAAGAAAACAACAUAUCUCAUAAAGAGAGGAAGUUUCCCCAAACUAAGAAAAUUAGGAUUGUUUAUCUCCUCAUACCUCAAGGGUGAUGUGCCCAAAAUGCUGCUAAGCUUACAACAACUGAAACAUUUGAAUAAGCUAGAAAUCAUGUUUGAAGGGAAAAUUUUGCCAUACUCGCGAUGGAAUAUCAAUAACAAGCCCGCGGAAGUUUUAGAAAGCUUGAAGGACUUGAGCCAUCUGAGUACACUGAAAAUUAUCCAGGCAUGCGAGCUUGUAAAAUGUGUAGUCACGUUUCCUCCCAACAUUACCACGUUAAAAUUGAUAUAUAUUACUUGUUUGAAUGACGAUGGAAUCAAUGCCAUUGGAAAUCUCACCAAACUUCGAAGGUUGUUCUUAGCUGGAGAAACAUGGUUGCUUGCAUACGGUGUUUUUGAGUAUCAAUGUUCGAUUUUUGAUCUUAGUUGCGGUGAAGAUGGGUUCCCACAGCUGCAGGAGUUUCAUAUGAAAGAUUUACCUAUCCGAAGCUGGAAGUUAGGUAAUGGUUCAAUGUCACGCCUUCAAAUCCUUCAUAUUGAUCAAUGUUAUAAGUUGAAUAGCCUCCCAAGUGAGCUAUGGUCUUUGACUACCUUAACAAAAGUACAUGUUCGGAAUCCUUCCAAUGGAAUGGCUGCAAUGCUACACAAUUUGGAAGUUAAGAAUGGACGUGAAAUCAUUGUAGAGUAA